AUGCAGAGGGUGGCAGCUGCAAGGUAUCUCGGCUCCGCUUUGCGGAGACAGGGGCUGGUCGCUCGGUUCUCCACUUCCCUCCUCUUUGACGACACCCAGGAACAGGUGAGUUGCUCCUCUUUUCCCUUUCACGUCUCGAGGUUCCACUCCGAUCCUUCCACUCUGAGCGGAUAGAUUGUGAUAUCCUCUCUUCUUUAGUUGAUUAUGCGUUGUCUAAAUCCUUUUUUCUCGAGAGUGCAUUCCCGUUCGUGGAUUUCUUGUGUUCCAUUCUUCUAAUACUCGGCGUAUAACGCAUUUGUAUGUGGCAAAACGCUAACAGUUUAAGGAGAGUGUCGCUCAAUUUGCGCAAGAAAGCAUUGCCCCCCAUGCCGCGAAGGUGGAUGCUACGAACAAUUUUCCAAAGGUCAGCAUAAAAUCCUGCCGUCCCGGUUCUUUGGCAAUUUCAUUUAGUCGUGCUAGACUGAGAAUUAUUCAUUAUUUGUGAUAGGAUGUCAACUUGUGGAAGCUCAUGGGUGAUUUCAAUCUGCACGGGGUUACAGCACCAGGUAUAAAACUAUUUUAAAUAGAAAUGUAUAGACAACUUCGUUGUUUCUUCAUGGAGUCCUGGUUUCCUCGUACUUAUUCUGAUGUAUUGAAUGGUCUAUUUCUUUUGUGAUGAAAAUUUAAAACUAAUUUGGAGGAAUGCAGGUGAUCGUUGUGAAAAGGGUGGAAAUUUUGCAUAAGAAUAUAGCUAGUUUAGAAGAUCGGUUUCAUGCAAAUUUAUGUUAUAUCCGUCCAUCAGGAAAGAAAUACUUGAUCACGAAGUGAGCGAAUAUUUGCAAGUGGUCGAGAUUUAAAACUUCUUAACCACGUUGUCAAGAGAUGACGUGGUGAUAGUGUCAACCAUCCCAUGUGCGUGAAUUAGAUUUGUGCUCUUUAUUAAAUUUAACUUUUCCUUCUAUUGCCAUUAUUUAUUUCCGAUUUCGUUCUUUGUUUUCCUGUAGUUAUCUAAAUCCCUUGGGCUGCUUUACGUCCUCAAAAUGCUGAUUGUUCUAAACAACAUUGCCACAUUUUGUAUCUUUCAGAGGAAUAUGGAGGUCUUGGCCUUGGAUAUUUGUACCACUGCAUAGCAAUGGAAGAAAUUAGCAGAGCUUCUGGAGCUGUUGGCCUUUCCUACGGUGCUCACUCAAAUCUAUGCAUCAAUCAAUUGGUACGUGACAUUCAUUAUAUGUGAAAUGUCUUCUAACUGCCUAGAUUUCUUUAAUUUUUUUGUUGAUAAUCAUUUCAUUUUCCUUUAUAGGUGCGACAUGGAAACCCCUCUCAGAAACAGAAGUACUUGCCUAAGGUUUCCUCCAUGUCCAUAUUUUAAGUCGGCAUCUCGUAUAAUUAUUGGAUUUUCCAUCUUACUACGCUUUUUUGCCCCAUAUAUAUGCAAUUUUUUACGGUAUAUUUUCAGACAAAAAUCAAGUUCUUGCUUUCCUUUUUAAGAAAAAUUCUGGUUGAAAAAUGUGACAUUGUGGUUGUGUGAUUUCUUAUUUUUCUUAUUUUUUGGUUAAUUUGAUGUAUAUAUAAAUAUAUAAACUUCUGUAGGAAUUACACAAAGUAACAGUCAUAGUUAGAAACAAGGAGCACUCUUAAAGAAAUUUCCCGAAUGAAUAUAAAAACCAAGUGAUAAACUGUUGUUGCCUUUCAUGUAUUUCUUGGGCUUCCACCGUGAAAUUAAAUUUCUGCUAUUGCUUGAUGCGUUAAGUCUUAUUAUAAAACGCAUAUAUUUAGCAUCUAAAUAGAAGACAGUCGCUUGCCCUCGAAAUGGAGGAACACUACUUUAAUGUUCCAUCAUUUUUCGUUAUUAUCUUCUGAUAUAAUACAUGUGAUUUUUUAUGAAGCUUAUUGCGGGGGAUCAUGUAGGAGCAUUGGCAAUGAGCGAACCGAAUGGUAAUUUUUGAAGAUUUAAAUUGUAUUUUAAAGGAAAUUGAUAAGAAGCGUGGUUUAAUUUCCAUUUUAUCCCAUCUCAUUCUGAGGACCCACAUACUUUUUGCGUUCCAGCCGGCUCAGAUGUUGUUAGCAUGAGAUGCAAAGCUGAUCGCGUCAAUGGUGGCUAUGUUAUCAAUGGAAACAAGAUGUGGUGCACCAAUGGAACAAUUGCCGAAACCUUGGUAGUCUCUUUAGUGCUUAUUUUCUCAUGCAAUCCUUUGAUUUUGUUGUACUCCUUUCGUACAUUUACUUCUGAUAAGGAAUUUCAAAGGCAGUUAUAGUCUUCUUGGCCCAUAUUAUAGUAUAACAAGAACUUCUUUUACUCCUAGAAAAAAAAUCGAUGCAAAGAAUCUUUCCAGUUUUAAUGCUAUUUUUACCAAUUGAUACCAUCACGGUGCAUGUGUUAUAUCAGUGAAGAAUAUCAUUGCAUUUCGUCUAUUAUUGAAGGGUACACAGGCUUAACUCUAAUUAUCUAUACCCAAGCAUAAAAAUUGUUUUGGCUUUCGCACUCUCCUGCACCCAUUUUCCUUGAAAAAUAGCCUAUUAUGGGUUCAAACAGCUUUCUGAGGCCAUUGAAGACAUGGUACCUAACUCCUUUGGAGACAUGAUCUAGUUUGCUCACAACCUGGUCCCACCUUGUUUCAUGCCACUGUUUUUGUAUGCUUUAACGUUGUUAGAGGAUUAUGCCACGGUUUUAUACCAAAUCUCAAGAGUUUUCUCCUGUUUCCUUAUGGUACCCUCUCACGAUUCAAGAGUUUCCUAAUACUGUUUUCAUUGUAAAAAUAAAGUAAUUUAGUUUCUACUCUUCCUCUGAUAUGCUGAAUGUGGGCAGGUAGUAUAUGCAAAAACAGAUCUCAAAGCUGGAUCAAAAGGAAUUACUGCUUUUAUCAUCGAGAAAGGAAUGCCUGGGUUUGUAUUAUGUCGUUAAGUUUACAGUUAUAACUUCAAAGACUAUUCCCGAUUAUUAUCAUGUACUGGUUUCAGAAAAUCAGUUUUACUAUGUUUUUCAUUUGAUUAUUGUUUAAAUUUCUCUUUUACUAGUAAAAUCCAUUAGUUGCUGAGGUAAUAUUAUUAUUGCAUUUUUUUAAUAUUAUCAUGGUGAAUAAGAAACCGUAACGUUUUCAGAUCAAAUAAAAAGGCUCGUCUAAAUUUAAGCUUCAUUUUUUUUUGACCUAAUUCGAGGUAUUUUCAUUGAAAAAUUAAUGGAUAGUGUUAAAUACUAUUUCAGGUUCAGUACCGCACAGAAAUUAGACAAGCUCGGGAUGCGUGGAAGUGACACGUAUGUUCUGAUUCUUCGUUUUGGCCAUAAUCUUGAAUGCCAUCUUUAAACUAGAAGAGACUCACAGUCUCAUGAUUUUAUUAAAAUAAUUAUUUUAUUUUAUUUUUUUACAGAUGUGAGCUUAUUUUUGAUAACUGCCUUGUUCCUGAAGAAAAUAUUCUUGGGCAGGAAGGGAAAGGUAUUGUCUCCACUCGCAGGGUUUUCCCGUAUAAAUUCUAUCACCUCCAUGAUUAUUCCACAAUCAUAUUAACUCGGAGAGCAGAUUCAGUGGUGUAAAUUUUCCAAAUGCGGGCGAAAUGGAUAUGCUCAAUCAUUAGAAUAAAUCAUGUUUGGAGCCCCAAUCCUUUGACUAUAUAAAGAUACCUAUUAAUAUCCUGGGUGAUCUUCUCUUUAGGACUUGGAAGGUUUCUCUAGUGGUUGAUUUAAAAAUUAAAUCUAUAUAUUUCUCAUAUAUGUUUGUAACCCGUCUGAGAAACUGGAAGUCAACUCUCGGUAUUGACCAUGAUGCUUGCUCUCGGUUCAGUCUAUCAUUCAUUACACAAUGUCUGUUCAUUCAGGAGUCUAUGUCAUGAUGUCCGGGCUGGACUUGGAAAGGCUGGUGCUGGCCGCCGGCCCCCUCGGGCUCAUGCAAGCUUGCCUCGAUGUGGCCAUCCCUUAUGUCCGCCAGCGGGAACAGUUUGGCCGCGCAAUCGGGGAGUUUCAACUGAUGCAGGUUUGACUUUCAUAUGUUUUGUCUUCGGCAGAAGUAAUUGGCGGCACCCUUUUGUUUCCAUUUAUUGAUCUGCUCACGGCAAAACUGAAACGCAGGGAAAGCUGGCCGACAUGUACACUUCCUUGCAGUCGGCGAGGUGGAGUUUUUUUUUUUUUUUUUUCUAUUAAUAGUCCGUUGACGUCUGAUUUCUGCUCGUCUCCUCAGAGCCUUUGUCUACUCCGUUGCGAGAGAUUGUGAUCAUGGAAAAAUUGAUCCCAAGGUGAUCAAAAUUUUCCAUAUUUAGUGUUUUAUUUUUCCUUAAUUGAUCUUUCUGUUGUUCUUAUGCUCUCUCUCUCUCUCUCUCUCCCUCUCUCUACAUCAAUAGCCAUUUUAUGUGUGAAGAGGCUUUUAGUUAUAAACAGAAACUGGAAUGCUUGACGUUGACUUCUGUCAUCCUCACACAACUGACAUGCUCUGCAGGACUGCGCCGGGGUCAUCCUCUACGCCGCUGAAAGAGCCACCCAGGUCGCCCUUCAGGUUUGACUUUUCUCGGAGUUCCUCCAAUUCUAGUAUCCAUACCCACGAUAUCCGAAAGCUGCAUAUUUUCCCCCGAACCCGUUGACCAUUUCAGCCAAAAUUCCCAAAAAUGUGAUCUUUCUUUUUCUGGUUGGUCGUCGGCAGGCCAUCCAGUGCCUGGGGGGCAACGGGUACGUCAACGAGUACCCGACCGGCCGGCUACUGAGGGACGCGAAGCUUUUCGAGAUCGGGGCGGGGACGAGCGAGAUCAGGAGGAUGAUCAUCGGCAGGGAGCUCUUCAAGAAUGGCUGA